AUGGCUUAUACAGGUAUUGCAGCGACUCUUUUACCCAAUGGAAAGACAGUCCAUAAAACUUUUGGCUUACCUGUUCCUAUGUUUUCAGAUUCGUCUUCACAUAUCAAACCUAAUUCAACGCAAGGGGAAUAUUUGAAGAAUGUUUUUAUUUGGGAUGAGGCUCCAAUGUCACCUAGAUACGCUUUAGAAAUAAUCGAUCGAACUUUACGACACAUUAUGAGCAAUAAUAUUCCUUUUGGUGGAAAAUUGAUUAUUUUAGGUGGUAAUUUUCGACAAUUGCUUCCAGUCCAACCCCAUGCCACCCGUACCGGAACAGUUAAUCUAUCCAUUAAAUUUAGUUCAUUAUGGAGUCAUUUUCACAAAUUUUCAUUGACUCAAAAUAUGCGUGCAUUGCCAGAAGAAAGAGAAUUUGUAGAAUUCUUACUGAAUGUAGGUAAUGGAACCCUUAAUGAUUUAAAUGAUGAAUUGGAUCUUCCCGAGGCGUGUUUGACAUCAAAAAAUAAUGACAUCGUCGAUAAUGUGUACGGAAACAUUAUUAGAGGAAAGCGUUAUGACGAGCUUACAAAAACUGUCAUUUUAUCUGCUAGAAAUGUAGACGUAGACGUAAUAAAUAAACAAGUUGUCGUACUUUUAAAUGAGUCCACCGAAAAAAUUUAUACGGCCGUUGACAGUACCGAAAAUUGUGACAAUGGAAAUAUCGAUGACGCUAUUUUACCUGAAUAUUUGAAUACUUUGAAUCCUCCUAAUUUUCCUCCGUACGAACUUUACUUAAGGCAGUAUACUAUAGUAAUGUUUAUCAGAAAUCUUAAUUUAAGUGAAGGAUUAUGUUAUGGUACGAGGUUAAUUAUUUUAGAUUUAGGUAUUAAUGUUCUACGGUGA